AUGCCAGACAUCUCCAUCCCUCAAGCAAGGAGGAUAGUGGUGGAUACGACUGGAGCACAGAUAGUCCAGGAAGAAUCACCAGCAACCCGAGAUUCGAGGGGUAUAUAUUUACCUCAUUACAUUGAGCCUGUUUCUCAUAUAGCUAUAGAUAUUGGUGGAUCCCUUGCCAAAGUAGUGUAUUUCACUCGAUCCAACUUACCUAUCUCCACCACUCCCCCACAAUCAGGAACCUCCUCACCCUUUUUACCACCGUCGGAAUCCGUGUUCAUCCCACCUUUAUCUUCCAACGGUGCAUCCUCGUCAUCGCAUAUCCAAUCACCUUCUCUCAAUCCUCAUUCUCAUGCGCCAUUCGACCAAUCUCCCCCUCAACGCCGUCCAGCUCUGAACGGAGCGCUAACUCCUGGAGUCUUAUCGGAAGAUUACAACCACCAUCAUGCCUCAUCCUCAUCACCACCUAUAAACACCAUAUCUCCUUCUCCAUCAUCCAAAGGGAAACUAUCAAGCCAUCACUCCAAAUACCGUCGUAGUUCCUUGCCACCUCCUUUACCGGGGGGUUUACUGAAUUUCGCUCGGUUCGAAACGGAACAUAUCGAAGAUCUCAUAGCUUUCUUACAGGAUUUGAUCAAGUCGUCCGCAUCGGCCAAUAGAGUGAGUUUGGAGAAGAUGCAAAAGAACGUUAAGGUGAUGGCUACGGGUGGAGGAGCGCAUAUGUACUAUGAUCGACUAAAGGAUGAAUUAGGUGUGGAAGUGACAAGGGAAGAAGAGAUGGAAUGUUUGAUUUUGGGAUUAGGUUUCGUAUCGAAAAUUCCUCAGGAAGUAUUUUGGUUUUCGGAAGAAUUGGUCUACAAAGUAUCACAUACCUCGACAUCAACAUCUGCGCAACCUCAAUCACCAAUCAAAUUGACCAUACCCGCAUCGGAAUUACCCAGACCUUCACCCACCCCACCUGCAUACCAGGUCACAUUUGCUGAUACGCUUGACGGAACGGAUUCGGUACCCCAUUUCCCAUGCUUGAUAGUGAAUAUAGGAAGUGGAGUGAGUAUAGUCAAAGUGGACGAAGAUGGAUCGUUUGAAAGAGUUAGUGGAACUUCGUUGGGUGGAGGUACUUUAUGGGGGUUGUUGAGUCUUUUGACGGAUGCAGAGAACUUUGAUGAAAUGCUGCUUCUAUCUGAACAAGGCGACAACUCAGCUGUAGACAUGCUUGUGGGAGAUAUCUACGGAUCGGAUUACUCCAAGAUCGGAUUGAAAUCGUCUACCAUCGCUUCAUCUUUCGGUAAAGUGUUUAGAAAGGGAUCAAACCCAGAGGAAAGGAAGAAGACUUUCAGACAGGAAGAUAUAGCCAAGAGUUUACUGUAUGCCAUAAGUAACAAUAUCGGACAUGUUGCAUACAUGAAUGCAGCGAAAUACGGAUUGGAUAAGGUAUUCUUUGGGGGAUGCUUCAUCAGAGGCCACGCCGCAACCAUCUCCACGCUGUCUUACGCUAUCAGAUUCUGGAGUAAAGGGACGAUGAGAGCAUGUUUCCUACGACAUGAAGGCUUUUUGGGUGCGAUAGGUGCUUGGAUCAAGAAUGUUGAACCUGAGCCUGAGCUUCAGCCUCAAAAUGGGGAAGGUGAGAACGGAUUGUAA